CAUUCGACGAGGUUGUGCCACACUGCGACACGAUCGAUAAGCGAAUCAACGUGUUUAUUAGAUUUGAAAUGAAACCAAACGGUGUAAACUAACGCAACGACACAAUGGCACUUGAACGCUUUGCUGAUGUCUUCCCCAGCCAGGCAAUCGCAGCAUGUUACGUAUAUUUACCGCAACACUUGUUCUUGUGGGUAUUACUACUGUCUGAGAUCCGAUACUACAAGCGGCAUCCGUCAAACAAAAGACGUAAAAGUGCUUCAGAGUUGAUGAUUUUAUCACUGAAAAGUAUUCUGAACACUCUGCUGAUAGUGCUGGCUGUUUCAAAUUUCGGACGUCCAGUGACACCCUUUGUAGUGCGAAUCUUCGAAGCACUAUCUUAUUUUAUCACGCUGGCAUUACUACAUCUCGGCGAGCAAUACAAUGUACGCGAUCAGACGUUCCUGUUGUCAUUUUGGACGUUGGAUCUGUUGGUCAACUGUAUACGUAUUGUCGAACAGCUGACGCUCGGAAGCAUGCUCUACUUGCUUGCGCUUGCGCUCCUGAUUGCGUACUCGAGUAUGACUAGCAGGGAGGAAAGUGUCAACAGAGUUGAACCGAAUUUCAUCCGAUCUAUGUGCUUCAGCUGGUUCAGCGAGGUAAGCCGGAAUGUUCAUCGAUUGCAUUUGGACGAUCUUGGAGAUCUGGAUGCUGAUUUGAGAGGAGAAUACUUGAUCAAGCACUUUACGGAAAAGAUGACGACGAAAGGUCAGUACGAAUCGCUUGCAACGAUUGAAACGGAAAUGCAUCCAGAGAUUAAGAUGUGGAGUUUGCUGCGGCCAUUCAUUCGGGAUUUGAUGUAUAGUGGCAUAAAUCGAUUUGCCCUGACGGUGCUUUUCUUCAUCUGCCCAUUUCUACUCAGACAAAUUCUUCGCAGCGAUCUCCAACCAAACACAACUGACAGCCAUUUCUACGUGAUUAGUAUCUUCAUUGUCUCGUUGGUUAUCGCCGCCUUGAAUGGACAGUAUCUGUACGACACCCAGAAGAUCGGCCUUAAAAUCAAAUCCAUUCUGAUGAUCUUAAUCUACCACAAGUCGUUGAAACUGAAGACCCCAAGUGGCACAGACAUCACCCUUCUGACGCUCGAUUCAUCCAGAUUCGUUGAUUUAUUGCCAAACUUGCAUCUGAUCUGGUCGGGUCCGUUAAUCAUCGUUAUCUCCAUCGUUGGAUUGUUAACCAUCUUGGGAAGAUCAGCUUGGAUCGGAGUCGCGGUGAUGACCGCUACCAUCUAUCUUACCAAAUUGAUCACCAACAAGUUGCAACUUCUCCAAAAAGAGCUCAUGAAUCGCAAAGAUUCUCGGAUCUCCAGCACCAACGAAACAGUUGGAAUGAUGAAGCAAAUCAAAUUUUUCUGCUGGGAAGACUUCUUUCAAAGUCGAAUACUCCAAUAUCGACAAAACGAGCUCCAGAUCCUGAAAAAAAUCAUCUACUGGGAUGCACCAAAGUACCUGCUGGGGGUGAUAUCUCCAUUCCUGGUGUCACUUUCUACGUUCGGAUUGAUGAUCCUGAUUGGUGAUUCCAAUAUGCUCACCCUCGAGGCUGUAUUCGUAUCGAUAGCUCUGUUCAACAUCCUCAAAUAUCCGUUAUCGGUUCUUCCGACCCUAUCGUCGACAUGGACGUCCACCCGUGCAUCCGUGGAUAGGAUAAACCAAUUCCUCAAAGCAGACCAGAUUCAACAGCUUCCAAACCUUAAGCAAACCAACCAAACCACAGUACGAACACGGCAUAUCUCGGAAACAUUUGAAGAGGUAUUGGUGGCCUGCCAAAGGGCAUUCGAUCCUUCGAUGGUAUCCGUUAAAAAUCUGACCCUGCAUCACGAAGGGUCUAUAAUUUUGGAGAAAGUAGAUUUGCAAGUUAUAGACGGAUCAUUCGUCGCAAUUACGGGUCCAGUUGGAUGUGGUAAAUCUUCGCUGCUAGCAGCGAUUCUUGGAGAAUUGGGUCACACUGCUGGCGAGGUCAACACAAGGGGAUAUAUAGCAUACGUUUCACAAGAACCUUGGAUCCUGCAUCGCUCAAUCAAAGAUAACGUUCUGUUCGGUAAGCCACUGGAUCAAGCGUUUUACGAAAAAGUCAUUCAGGCUUGUGCUUUGCGUUCAGAUUUGGAAACAUUUCCAAAUGGAGAUGAAACAAUUAUAGGGGAGAAGGGAGCGACUGUAUCCGGAGGACAGAAACAGAGAAUUGCUCUGGCAAGGGCUAUUUACCAGAAUGCUGAUCUGUACCUACUGGAUGAUCCUCUUAGCUCUGUCGACGGAGAAGUGUCCGAUUACAUUUACUCAAAGGUGUUCGAUAGAGAAGGAUUGCUUAGUAAAAAGACUGUCGUAAUGAUUACUCAAGAUCAUGGUCAUUUUAAGCAUGCAGACUGCAUCGUAGAGAUGGCGAAAGGUCGAAUCACUGAACGCCACACAUUUGAAUCUUUCAAAGCUAUGCAUCCUGAUGUGGAAAAUGCCAAAAGAAAUGGCACGAGGAUCGAUGAUUGCAUCAGUGCGCAUGGCAUAGAUAACCCUCAACCAGCACAAGCACCAAUCUCAAGAGAUACUACACACAAAGUCUCGCCCAAAGUGUAUCUGAAGUACCUAAUUAUGCUGGGAGCGAUUCCCAUAGCAUUGAUCUUGAUAUGUAACAUUUCCAUACCAAUCUGUGAUAUUUACUCAACCAUUUGGCUGGCAAAAUGGUCUCUCAUCAAUCACCAAUCCGCCACUUUCGAAGAUCACAACUACCUUGUAGGGUAUUCAUUGUUUAUCUUAGUUUUGAUCGCUCUUCUGUGCCUCAACAAUGCCGUGAUCACGCUCAAGGGAAUUUCAGUUGCCAGACAAGUUCACAAUAAACUUUUGCACAACACUAUCCACCAGCAGAUGAUCUUUUUCGACAACAAAAGCUCCGGCCAAAUCAUGAACCGCUUCUCCAGUGACCUUGAUGUCGUUGAUUCUCGAAUAUCACUUCACAUCCGAGAUUUCCUCGCAAAUUUCACCGGCGUCAUUUCCAUACUGAUUCUGUUCUGUUUCAACACCUCCUUCUACAUUGCGAUCGUUCUGGCCGUGAUCGUUAUCGCGUACUAUACCCUACUGUUCUACCACCUAGAAACAUCCCGCCACCUGAAGCGCAUGGAAGCUCGCAGCAAAGCACCGAUCAUACUCCACUUCAACGAGUCACGCGAAGGUCGCUCGACGAUCCGCGCCUUUCGUCGAGAGGAUCAGUUCUUCAGAGAAUUUCUUACGAUCCUCGAUCGUCAUCAGCACUACUCGUACCUGUAUCUGGCUUCCAGCAGGUGGCUGGGUAUCCGGUUGGAGAUCAUCGGUGCGAUCGUCAUCUACUUUGUAACGAUGCUAGCCGUUCACAACCAGGACACGAUCGGUGCAUCCAGUGUGGGUGUCAGCAUAAGCUAUGCACUACGAUUGAUCCCAUUGCUAAACGCUUUGAUCCGGAUGACAGCCUUGCUGGAGGAAAAUGCAACUUCUUUGGAGAGGAUCGAUAACUAUUUGAGCGAAAAGAAUGAGCUGUCAAUCGUGCAAAAUCAGAAUCACCAUUCACAAGGAUGGCCAAAUCAGGGAAAGAUCACAUUUGAUGGUUUCAGUAUGGAGUAUGGCGAGCACAUUGUUGCAUUGAAGGAUAUAACACUUACAAUUAAUGAACAGGAGAAGAUCGGGAUCAUUGGCAGGACAGGAGCUGGGAAAUCCAGUCUGAUCAGUGCAUUAUUCCGAUUAUAUCCAACGCACACCAAAGGAAUGAUCGUGAUCGACGGAAUCAGCAUAGAUAACAUCUCCAUCAGGAAGCUAAGACGUAGUCUUACGAUCAUUCCACAGAGUCCUUUGUUAUUUUCCGGAACCAUCCGGGAGAAUCUAGAUCCAUGCAAAGAGCAACCCAACGAUUCGGAACUUUGGAAUGCUUUAGAUUCCUGUAACAUGAAACAGCUAGUCAGGUCCCUGCCGAAUCGACUGGACACGGUGAUUGACGAACGAGGAGCAAACCUCUCCGUAGGACAGAAACAACUCCUCUGCUUAGCGAGAGGUAUUCUUCGGAAAUCGAAGAUCGUGAUACUGGACGAGGCAACCUCUACAAUGGAUGCGGAAACGGAGAGAACCAUUCAGCAGGUGUUCUUCAGCGCAUUUCGAGACUGUACUGUUCUGAUGAUCGCCCAUCGAAUAAACACUAUUCAACAGGUCGACCGAGUUCUGUGCCUGCGACAAGGUCGGGUGGUGAAGUUUGACGAACGCAAUCGCGUUGACGAUCAGGAUCUGAUGGAGCUUUGAAAUGUACUUACGAGGUUUAGUGAACUGAUGAUUUUGCUUAUUGGGCGAUAGAUAAAUUUAAUUAUAUUAGUAUUUUACACACCCUAUGCCAUUAAUAUGAAAACCUACGCUUAAUUUGUUAUAAUCAUCAUGGCUUUGGGGGUUGUGCGCAGACAAGAAUGUACGGUCCGAUUAUAUUCGG